AUGGCUCAACCUCUCAAAGUUCAGCGAUAUUGGCCUGGAAAAGUUCCGGAAGGAGUAGAUAUAACGGAAAAAGAAGCGGCUUCAGAUCGCAGGCUAAGAAGAUUGAAAGAUGCCAAGGAAGCAGGAACUUCAGAAGUAAUUGAUAGAAGACGGAGACAUUUUAAUGAAGAUCAAGAAGUCGGAGAUCUACAGUUACGUAAUAUUAAAAUAGAACAAGAAGCUGAAGUAAAAAUAGAGGAGGAGGAGGAAGAUGAUUUAGCACUUCGUCGACAGCGCUUAAGAGAUCGUGUAUUAGAACAACGAAAGCAAGAAGAAGAGAAAUUAAAAGCUAUAGAAGAAGCAGAAAAGGCUCAGGCUACUCAAACAGAAGAAGAGGAAAGUGAAAGUGAAGAAACGUCAGAGUAUGAAACUGAUUCAGAAGAAGAACAAACAUCAAGGAAAUUGUUAAAACCUAGCUCAUAG